GUAGGCCUCAUCUUGUUUCGUCGCCAUUACAUGACAACUCUUGAGGUACCAUGUCGUGACAAAUCUUACAGUUGGCUUCUGCACUGGAUUACUGUUAAAGGAGCUCGAAAAACUCAGCAUCUUAGUGUUGAAACAAAGUUUCAUGAGAUAGAAACAGGAAAGAUAAGAACAGACUUCAAUUUCAUACCAAGUGUGGGAGAACAUUUUUUCUGGUAUAAAAGGACUUGGAUCCGUGUUGAACGUACAAGAUCGCAACAAACGUUAGAUAUUCAUAUGGGAGUUCCAUUUGAAGAUGUUAAGUUUACAACCAUUGGCAAGAACAAAGAUCUGUUUUUUGAAAUCUUGGAUGAGGCACGGGACUUGGCAAUCAAGCAGAAUGAAGGUAAAACUAUUAUGUACACUGCUUAUGGAUCUGAAUGGAGGCAAUUUGGGAAUCCCCGAAAACCUCGUCCCUUGAAUUCCGUCGUCUUAGACAGAGGUGUUUCAGAAAAGAUUGUCAAAGAUGUCAAGGAUUUUAUGGAUAGUCCUGAAUGGUACUCUAAUAGAGGGAUACCCUAUAGAAGAGGAUACCUCCUUCAUGGUCCUCCAGGAUGUGGGAAGAGUUCAUUUAUCACAGCCCUUGCUGGUGAACUUCAGCUUGGCAUUUGUGUCUUGAAUUUGAGUGAACGAGGCCUCACUGAUGAUAGACUGAACCAUUUGUUAGCACUUGCUCCAGAGAAUACAAUCAUUCUUCUAGAAGAUGUCGACUCUGCAUUUGUUAGCCGUGAAGACACGCCAGAAAUGAAAUCAGCAUACGCAGGGUUGAGUCGACUGACAUUUAGUGGAUUGUUAAAUUGUCUUGAUGGAGUUGCCUCAACAGAAGCAAGGAUGGUUUUCAUGACGACAAAUUACCCCGAAAGACUUGACCCAGCCUUAAUUCGUCCUGGUCGUGUUGAUUUGAAACAGCACAUUGGGUAUUGUACAUCAUAUCAGUUAGAAUCCAUGUAUAGUCGAUUUUACCCUGAUGCACCCCCUCUUCUGGCAGCUAGUUUUGCUAAGUGUUCAAAAGAAGUGAAUAUUCCACUGAGUGCAGCAGCAGUGCAAGGCCAUUUUAUGAUGUACAAAGAGGAUGCUCAGGGAGCUCUAGAUAAUGUCCAACGGUUAACUGCAGUUGGUUCUUUGGAUUUUACUGAUUUCAUGACAGCCAGUGAAGACUUUGAAGAAGAUAUAAAAAAGAAUGUGUGAAUGAAUCUAAAAGAAAAAAAGAAAGAGGUUUAAGGAGGAAGGCAUUCGCUUUUCUUGUAAGUUUUGUGUCAUUUUAUAUUUUUGAAGUUCAGUUGUUAUACAAUGAUGAUAUUACAAAAAGCACUUACAAUGGAAUUAAAACCAUUUUCAAUAUAAAAGUUAAAGUAAGGAGACUACUGUAUUCUUUCUGUUUUUUAUUUUUAUUUUUAUGUCAUGAUAUAUUUACUAUAAUGUACACAUUGAUAUAUGUAUUUUAUAAGUUAUAUUUAUAUUAUACAGUAACCUAAAUUAUAGUUUUGGAAAAUAAUCCAGAUACCUCACAUUACCAUCAGUAAAUAGAGAGUGCUUUUAUCAUAAAAAGUUUGUACUUUUUGGGAACAUUGUAAAACAAUCUUUUUAUUGCAAUAUUAAAGUUCUUAAAUGUCAGAAUACCAUUAAUGGUUGAUUGUUUACCAUUUUAAAAGAUAUUGCACAUUACAUUAUUGACAAAAUCACAAGCCACUAUUAGAGUGGUAGAAAUAAACAGAAAAAUAGGUAUGAAACAUAUAUGCCACAAAAAGUUUACAAUUGGAAUACUUCAGAUGGAAGUAUUAUAUCAUAAAGAAACAGAACUACAUGUGAACUAGAAAAAAUAGACAAGGAUAGCAAAAUACAAAAAAUAGAUAUUCAAGUUUAUAUGAUUUUAGGGUGAAGUAAAGCUCUGAAUAAUUCAAUAGAUUUUAAAAAACCUUAGUGUUAUCCUUGCAUCAGUUUGCAUUAAAAUACAUUAAAUUUAGUUUUGUGAUACAGCUGGUGAAAUACUGUCUUCAAGUUGACAACAUCCUCUUUAGCAUUUAGUAAGAAUGUGAGAAGAUAUGAUGACUUUAUACAUCAAAUGUGCAGCCUUUGAGGAAGAAUCCCAAAAUAAAUCUGUUAUAUUUAGCUUAAGGUAAUUUGUAAAUGUGUAAAGAUGACUGAUGAAUUGUAAGUGUGAUUUGACAAGUUGUAUAUAUUCUGCCUUUCUUAUUGUUACAUCACUGAUUUUUGGAACUAUUGUAUAUUUGAAUGGCAAAUAAAGAAGAUACUUUGUGUAA